UGAUUAAACUGUAGAUUUUAAGACAUUAGUAUUUAGUGUUUAAAUUUCAACUUUAAAGUUUAUAAAUUACUAACCAUUGUACAAUUAUAAUAACCAUUUCAGUAGUAUACUUUCACUAAUCACUGCUGAUUUUUAUUUCAAAAGUAUGAAUACUAACUUUAAAUUGAAAUUAACUGCUUUAGGACAUCCCAAUCCAGAAACUUUUAAUUGCGAAGAUGAAAAGGAAUAUAGAAGUGUAGUGUUAUGGUUGGAGGAUCAAAAGAUUAGACAUUAUAAGAUUGAGGAAAGGGAAGGACUAAGGAGUAUUGAUAGUGAGAACUGGAAAGAAGCUUAUGAUAUUUACCAAAAAGAUCUAGUUAGUCCUGUGGUGGAUGGCACCUUAAAUGAACAACUAAAUUGGCUUCUUUCUUAUGCAGUUCGAUUGGAAUUCGCUGAUAAUGUUAGUAAAUACAAGGAUGUACAAGUAGAACAACCAAAACAAGCUGCUCCAAAUGUUGUAUCUUCCAACCCUUUGGAUAACUUAAACUUUGAAAGUCCUGCUUUCAAAGCUGGUGUUGAUAGAGUGUGUACUCUCGCUGGAGUGGGACCUCAUCCAGAUCCUAAAUUCCGCUUGGCAGCUGUAGCCAAGAUUCUUAAAACCUCACCACACCCAGAACCUCAAAAGUCUGACACCAUAGUAAUUAAUCAACCUGUUGAUGUUCUUAAUCUAUUGUUUAUUCAAGAUUUAAGAGAGUUACAGACAAAAAUUAAUGAAGCAUUGGUUGCUGUUCAAACAAUUACUGCAGAUCCUCGUACUGAUACCAAAUUAGGAAAAGUUGGUAGAUAAUUUGGAACAGCAUGGAAAAAAAGCUGCAUCUCUUAUUACAUCUUAUAUUCAUAACAAUAAUUAAUUUAUAUUUUAAAUACUAAGAGUUAACAAUAAUAAAAAGCAAUGCUUUGUAAUUUACAAUUA